AUGGGCAAUGCUACAGCCAUCUGCUCGGACAAAACCGGUACCCUCACCACGAAUCGGAUGACAGCUGUGCAGUGUUUCAUGAAUGACCAGCACUACAAGACAUUGCCACACUUCAGCCAGCUGCCGAAGGCCACAAUUGAACUGAUCACCAUGAACAUUUCAGUCAACAGUGGCUAUACAUCCAAAAACAUUGUAAGUCGUUCUUGCCAAAAAAUGUAA